AUGGGCAAUUCUCAAUCCAACAGCGGAUAUCUCACACCAUCCAGCGCAGAAUGGAUCUCCGAUCAGAAUCAACGCUUCACCGCCCUCGACAACGAACGCCACCGCCGCCCGAAUCCCCUCCAACAACACCCCGUGCCACCACAACAGCAGAAUAAACCUUUCCAAAAGCCAAAACCCACCUCGCUCAAAGAACCCGCUUUCUCGGGAUACGUGGCCGGAUGGCGGCAGGGCGAUUGCGACUCGGACGCACAAGAAUUCUCGUUCGCCAGUUUCCAAUACUCCGGAGAUGACGAGGAAGAAGGGGAGAGUCUGCGGUCGGACUGGCCGCUUGGGGCGGAAGACGAGAGGACGUGGAAGGAGAGGAAACAUUCGCCUUCACCUGCCGCGCCCGAGAGGGUUGGGAGAUCUGCUUCGCGGGCGACGCAGAGUGGUAGGAGUCAGACGAUUUCGUGUCCGAGGAGGUAUCUGAGUGCUGCGACGACGACGAAGAUGCAGAAUUCGAGCCAUUCGGCUGUUGUGGGACGACAUGCUGGACAUGGUCCUGUUGCUAAGGUCUCGGUGGGCCAGCUGAGGAGAGCUGCGACGGAGGAUGCUGCUAUGGUCGCAGCGAGAUCGUCACGACGGGAGAUGGAAGCUGGCGUGUAG